GAGAGAGUUUAAUUCUGUGAGGCUGUUGUAGAGUCCUCAAAGUUUUCAGAAGGGUCAGUCUCUAGAUACAGUUACACCUGAAGCUGGAAUCUUUGUGUUGCAGAAAACAGUGUUUCCAUUUUUCGCUUAAACCAGUUUGAGCCAGGAUUCUGUCACUUACAAAUAACAUUCUCUGAGCUCCUUAGCUCUAUGAACUCUCCCGCUAAGGAGUGGAGAAAGAGAAUAACCAAAGAACUGCCAGUGAAAAACAGCAAACAGUAGGAAUAAAUCCAAAGAGGCUGGAGGAACCUCCUAGAAAGCCACACUGGGAGAGCCUCAUGCUGGAAGGAAGGUGCAUGGAAUUUACAUACCUCAAAGCUGAAAAAGCAGGAAGAACUUGAACAGAAUUCACAGUCAGUCACCUGUGGAGCUGUGUUAAGAUGUUUCUGGAAACGGAGAAAUGAGUUCAUGAGAACAGAAUUCGAGGGGUCCCAUGGAGCCCAGUCACAGGCUGAAGUCUGUAAAUCUGGAGAGACCUUCAGCAGUAAUCUCCAAAUUCCAAAAUGACUACCCUGCCCCCGCUGCCCAUGACACGCCCAAAGCUUACGGCCUUGGCUAGACAGAAGCUGCCAUGCUCACCAAGAACAAUUCCAAGGGCUGAACUGAUCAAAGAAAAAGAUGACAUAGAUCAUUAUCUGGAGGUGAAUUUCAAAGGAUUGUCAAAAGAGGAGGUUGCUGCUUACCGGAACUCAUACACGAAGAACGUCUGUGUGGAGAUGCUGCGGGAUGGUUAUCAUAAGUCCUUUACUGAGUUCUUUGCUCUGACAGAGAAGUGGGAUGCCCUGAGGGAGGCUGCGAGGGUCCGAUCCCUCUCCUGGGCACAGAGACCCCUGGAAGAGCAGCCCGACAAGCUGGAUCACUUCUACUACUACCUGACCAGGGCUGAGACAGCUGAAAGGAAAGAAUACUUUGAAGAGGUCUAUAAUAACUUGUACGCUCUGGCCUGUUACUUCAAUAAUUCUGAAGACAAGUGGGUUAGAAACCACUUCUAUGAACGAUGUUUUAAGAUUGCUCAAGUCAUCAAAAUUGACGGUGGGAAGAAGGAAGCCGAGGCGCAUGGACACAUGGGGCUGCUCUUCGAGGAGGAUGGUCAGCUUCUGGAAGCUGCGGAGCAUUAUGAAGCCUUCCAUCAAUUGACGCAAGGGCGGAUAUGGAAGGAUGAGACAGGCCGUGUUCUCAACUUGUUGGCCUGUGAGAGUCUCCUGAGGACCUACAGAUUACUCUCAGACAAAAUGCUGGAAAAUAAAGAAUACAAACAGGCCAUCAGAAUUCUAAUAAAAGCUUGUGAAAUAGCCAAAGAAGGAAAUGACAAAAAGAUGGAAGGAGAGGCUUCGUAUUACUUGGGCUUAGCGCACUUGGCUGCUGGAGAGUAUGAAACAGCAUUAGCAGUCCUCAACACUUACGGCAAAAUCUCUACAGACCUGAAUGAUGAUCUCAGCCUGGGGAGAGCCUAUGAAGCCACGGCCAAGGUCCUGCAGAGCCAAGGACAGAUGGCAGAAGCAGUCAAAUACUUGAAAAAAGUUGUGAAAAUUGCAAAAAACAACUUUCAAAAACUGGAUUUUGUGAGAGCAAGUACAAUGCUUGGGGACAUCUACAACGAAAAAGGCCACUACAGCAAAGCUUCUGAAUACUUUCAGCAAGCUUUCAACACAACAGCAGACAUAAUGAACAUAUCUCUGAAGGAUGAAACUAAAGUGCAUUAUGGAAUCGCAAAAGCUCAUCAGAUGAUGCUGACGGUUAACAGUUGUAUAGAAUCUGCAGACCUCACCAGCCUUGACUACCUGCUGUCAUGGAAGGAGAGUAGAAGCGACAUUACACCUGAUCCAACUUCUGGAGAGUCUAGAAGAUCCACAAUGGAAAGUUUAUAUCACACCUCAGAGUUUUCGGAAGAGGAAUCCAGUGGAUUUUCAGGUAAUCAAAAAAAAUGACACUUAAACCAGCUUUUGAUUCAGCAACAAAGGAAGAAGAAAUUUAUCAUACCACCUCAGUCUUCAAUAUCUGUUACAGGAGUAUGUUAACAAAUAAUACAAAUAGAGUUAUAAUAAAGAUAGGGUUAUAACAAAACUAUGACUAUGUUUUCAUUGGAAUUUGUAUUACAAUUUGCUACCAAUUUAGUCUAAAACAUUUAAAUUCUUGAAAAAUAAAUUUAUCUCAAGUGCUUAGGAAUACCAAUAAUUAUCCAUAAGCUAAACUGUAAAAUUUUCCUCUUAUCCAUUAUUCUACAAGAAAUAGUGCUACUUUAGAAUCGAAAUUUGGUUGUGUCUGAUGAGAAAAUCAUUUUAAGCUUAAGGAAAUCUAUGAUGAAUAAAGGUGGGUAAAGAUUUAUUAAAAUUCCAGAGAAUCUUUUUAAUAUAUGUAAACGGAUUGUAAGCAACAGAGACUACCAUGUUGGUAACUACUGCUCCAACAGUUUGCUUUACCUGGGAAAGUGAGAAUAAUUUUACUUUUUAUACAUAACUGGUUAAAAUUUUUCCACAUACAUGACUAUACAUUGUGUAUAGUACGUUUUAUUGUUUUAACAAUAAAAACUAUUAAAGACCAAAAUGAUUCUGUUACCACAAUGUAAAGUGUUUCCUGAAGCAUUUUCUUUACAAAUACACCAUCUCAUCUCACUGUUUAAAAAGAUUGACUAUGAGAAAACUUUUAUUUGCUUUAUAAGAAUAAUUCUAGCUUUGAAGCUCUAAAUCCAAGUAACAGAUGCUUAUUUUUCCCUUCUAAAACCACUUCUGUAAUAGCAGCCUUUUGCUAGAGUGUCUUCUUAAACUAAUUUUAAGAUCCCUUAAAAAGAUGUUUGGAAAGUUUUGUGAGACUAUUUUUAAUCCCCACAUUUUUGAAAACACUUCAGGACAGUAGAUGUAUGAAACAUAAGCCUGUCGGGAAGGUCAGUAGAAACUAGAAUUUACGAUCGAAUGCUAAACAGCCACACUGUUCUCCCUUCUGAUAGAUUUAAUCAAAAGGUUUCUCUGCUGGUUUCUCCUUAAAUUUCAAUUUGAGUCAUUUUUAUUUGUGAAACUGAAAACAAAAUCAAGCUCUUAUGAUGACAGAUGCAAAUCACAACCACAUCAAAUGCUAGGUCUUACCUAUAAAAGGCCCUUCCAUAAAUAAUGCAGCGAGGACCACUCACUGAGAAGGUAUACGUAUCUACAAUGGUCUCUAAUUCCUUUUUUAUCAAAGAGACAGCACCUAAAAUACAGCACUCCAUAAUGUACCACAAUUACUUGAGCUUUCGUGUUCUUCUUUAAAGAACUGGUACAAUAUCAUCAUGCCUUUUCAACUUUUCAUACUUUCUCAUAAGAAUCCCUGAAAGUGGUAAAAAAAAAAAAAAUGUAUCCCAGGUUACAAUAAACAAAUAUUUUUGUGCUCCCACAUUUUAGGUUAACAUUGAUAAUAUCCUGGGGUAGAUAUGCACUGAUCUAAUUUUUAAAGGACCCUUUAUCUUUAUUCUCUUCCUUUAUUUCUUCCCUUCUAGGGACCUUCCUUUCCUCUCAUAGGGCGGUGAUUGUGUCUGCACAGGAAUGAUAGUAUACAUAGAAAUGUAGAAGACAUUUCUGGUUAACUUUCAAGAGUCUCCUUUAAAGGUGAAAUAUAGGGAGUCUUUAGAAAAAGAAAUGACUUCCAUUAAGUUGAAAAGUUUUAAAUGCCUUCUUUCCGAGGUUACUUUACCCAGAUAUUUUUUAAGGAAUGUAUUGUAUUAACAUUAUUACUAAUUGACAGUUAUCUCUUCUCCCCCUGCCCCCUACAUACAUACCACAGAAAUUAUAAACAGUGACCUGGAGAAUAAUGUGGUCGUGUAAUUAUUUGGAGAGCCUUAUUUUGUUAAAAAAAAAAAAGAAAAGAAAAGAAAGAAAGAAAACCCGAAUUGACUGAAAAUCAAAUAAAGAAAAAGAUACAAAUGCUCUAGGUUUCGUUUAUAUAUUACUAAAAAUUGAUUUUGUUUCCAAACAUCUUGCUUUUGUUUCUAACUUCUCAAGCUCUGUCUGACAUAACAGUUCAUAAAAUCAUACCCAUAAACAAUGAGAUUGCAACUGAUUAUAUUGUUAUUGUCUCCAAAUUUUUGAAUGUAUAUAUAAUAACUUUACAUUUUAUAUAGCUGUAAUUAUAUGUAUAUAUAUAUAUGAAUUGUAUCAAUAUUAAAAAAAGUUUUUCAUCAUUAUUUGGUUAGACAAUAAAGAAUUUACCAGGGUGAAUAACUUUGCCAUCAGAGAACAAUUAGCUUCUCACCCUUUGUAAUCCCUAAACUUUAAAACAUGUUCAGAACCCACGAGUGGUCAAAGAAAUACAAAUUGAAGCAGCACUGUAAUCCUAACAUUUUAUCUACCAUAUGAUCAAUAUUUGAAAAGAAUAAAAAAUAACCAAUGUUACAAUGGUAGGUAAAACAAAGCAGUAGAAGUGUAAGUUGUAAAAAAUAAAAAAUUUUUAAAUCUCAGAGCAAAUUGACAGCAUGUACCAAAAGCCUUUAAACAUUUUUUGACCCUGAAGUUUCACCUCUAAGAAUUUGUCUCAGGAAAUAAUUAGACAAGUGAGAAAUAUUGAAGAUGCAAAGCUAUUUAUUGAAGUUCCUUUUGCAGGCUAGUAUAUGAAUAAACAAAACCUAUUAAUAGAUUCAACCUAAAUACCCAAUAAUAAGUAAUUAGUCAAAUAAUUUAUAGCAGUAUUAAUCCUUCAUGGGCUUCCCUGGUGGCUCAGUGGUAAAACAUUUGCCUGCCAAUGCAGGUGAUGCCAGUUCGAUCCUUGGGUCUCCCCUGGAGAAGAAAAUG